UUUCAAUGUAGAAAAAUAAAGACAUUACGCUUAGGCAGAAAUUGAGAAUCUAUUCAUCACCCAGCAGGCUGUACUGUGACCUAAAUUUACAGUAGCCAGCUUGGACAGUCCGUUUCAAUGCAGCGCCUCUAGCGCUGAAAAAUGCUAUUACAGGUUAAUUCAUUUAUCCUAGAAGAUAUUCUGUAAGAAACAGCUGUAAUGUCGAGCAAAUAGUAAUUGACAGAUAAUUAUAUAAAUUACUGACACAAUAAUAUACACAUCCCAACGGACCGAUAAGCUCAGAAUCGGAAAAAAAGGAACGUCAUUCGCAUUCUAAUUUGGAAUAUUCGUCCACUCAAAACCAUAAACAAGUUUUGGAGACUAGAGCGCUUUUGAAAAAUAAUACCCACUCGUUUAGAAGAAUCUACAACCGGAGUCAAGCUUUUCAUAAUAAGAGAACAAAUACUUUGAGACGCUGUAGCCUACUAUUAUUCAAAGAUGGAGUUAAUGUCAAGGUCCUGCGAUCUGAGGAUGGAAUUCUGCGAAGCCAUGGCGCAGUGGUUUCGCAACUACGAGGCCGCGAUGCGAGCCAAUCAGCAGAGAGCACUGAGGAACAAGGGGAAGAGUCAGGGCUGUCCCAAGGUGCCCGUGGACCGCUCCUCUCCCCAUUGGCUGCUGCACCGGCUGGACUGUGGACCGCCUCCGCCGGAAGCCCAGACCUGGCUGAGUCGGGUCAACGUUGACCAAUCAGAAAUCAUGCAACACGUGGGUCAGACUUUGCUGAUGGUGACCGACGCCACCGGGCUACCCCUGGGCUUCGACGUCGUCUCCGUGGGCGGGGCCAACCCCAAGGGCGGGGCCGUUGUCAAGGGGACCAAUAGUCAGAAGACGAAGGACAACGGCGAGGGAAAGAUGACGGAGAGGAUCCUGGGACUGCUGCGGCACUGCAUGGAGGCGCCGAUGAGCGGGGGCGCGCCCCGGCGUCCCCAAAUCCUCAGAGUCCUGGACAGGAAGCUGCACAAGCUGCUGCGCAGGAGCGUGGACACCGUCGCGACCCUGCGCCUGACGCUGACGUCCCACGCCGCCGACGACUGGGGUGCCGCCCCCGCCGCCGAGCCGGACUCGGAGUCGGGCGGCGCGCCGGGCGGCCCGCCGUUCGGCCUGCGCUGGCCCGUCAUGCGCCACUGUCACGUGUGUAAGAGAUACGCCUUCGCCUGCCAACUGAAGCCAUGGUAA